AGGAGCGGAUUUGAACGCUUGCGUCUUUCAAGGUUGCAUCUGAUCUCGUGUUGUAGGUUUGCUUUUUGCAGUUUAUUUAAUCUUCACAUGAAGUUGACAGAUACAUGCAGCAAACUCUAUAAACGCUCUACAACUCAUUUUCCAGACCUUCAAUACUAUAAGUAUGAUUAUCGCAGAGCUCCAGUUCUUAAAAAUUCAGUGAUUGGAAAAGGUGAUAGGACAAGAAGAGCUGUCUGUGUCGAAGAAAUGUUAUCAAUGUUAGCUUGCUUGAAAGAAAGUGAUUUUGAUCAACGUCCUUGUACACAAAUGAUAGACACAUUUAAUAAAUGCGUCCAAAUAAUGGAGGAUAAGCGGAGAGCAAAUAAGAAUAUGCAAAAGUCAGAAGUCGUAUCGACUUCUGACAAGUCAAAUAGAUCAUUUGAACGAUUAUCAUCAAAACAAAUUACUGAACUACUAAGACGCUUUCCUGAACCUCAGUAAUAUUUCAGCUCAAUGUUUGUACAUUUGUAGUAACUAUUCAUAGCACUGAUCAAUAUAUUUUCUUUUUUUUGUGAAAAUAUAACCAUUUAAAUUUAACUUUUACCUGUAAAUUUAUGUUUUGGAACGUAGAUAUAACUUAAGUUGUAACCCAA